AUGAAUGCUAAAACGAGAGCUCCCUCUGUGGGAAUUGAUACUGAUCAAGAACGAAACCCACCACCUCCACCAACCCCGCUAGAUUUCCCACAAUAUUCUCUGUUGGAGGAUAAAGACAUCCAGUUGACCACGGAUUUUAAUGCGAUCUACAAGAGUCUUCUGACGCUUAAAAAGUCCCAAGAUAUCAAUGUUGAACAUCUUAACGCCCUGAACCUUCAGGUAGCUACCGAUAUCGAUGCAUCCUGUCUGGUUCCAGAAGAAUAUUUAGAGGGCAUUCCCCCUUUGGUAUGGGACCAGGCGGAUAACCAAGAUGUCGUACAAUCUCAGCUCAUGAACAAUGGGUCUCCCUAUCCGCCAAUCGAAAAAUAUAAUAUUGCCAAGGCAGAACUAUUGUUAGACAAUGACGACGCGUACCGCGAGGUUGCAAGGAUGCCACCCAAAUCUGGCCGCACCCGGGUGAGAUUAACCCAAUCAAGGAAGUUCUGGGCCGGUUUGGAAAGAGUGGCUCAGUAUUGGGAUGCUAGUCUCGAUGAGUACUAUGACAAACCGGUCACGGCCACAGGACCGAAAUUGCCAGGUCUUCCGGAAGACAAGCCUUCUCAAAGUGGUACAGAGAACGGAGAUAAGGAUCAAAUGGAUACUAGUGGACCUCCACGUGAGAAGGGUGAAAAGGGAGGCUACGAACGUGCUUACAAGGGUCGCCGCAUGGGUUCUGGAAAUGAGAUGCCGGACGAUAUUCGCGAAGAGACGAUGCGUGGCUUGCUUGAAAUGGUUGCAUGGCCGUUCCAGUGUCAGAUGGUCAUUCCUUCGGUUCCUCCAAGACUAUCCGUACAAAGGUUAUUGUUUCCUGUACGGCAAACCCUAGUGGCUGGGAGAGUCCCUCUGGAUCGGCAAGCUGCCCGGAGAGGGGUCCUUGAAGGCCCUUUGCUAGUAGUUCAAUGUCGCGGAGAAACAAGUUUUAGAGAAGGUAGCGAACCACCAGGGCAUGGGCAGAGAGAGCUCUGCGAUCUGUUUCGCGAAGUUGGCGCAAUGUUACUGGCUGCCCAGGAACGCUCCCGGGAGGGGUUAGGCGAAGUGAAACCUGGUGACGGUAAAUGGUGGACGACGGAACCUCGUUUUGGCGGAGCCGCAAAUGAAGGUGUUACAGGUGAAGCAGCGAGCUCAGAGAAGAGCUCAGAGAAGAGCUCAGAAAAGAGCUCAGAGAAGAGCUCAGAAAGGAGCUCAGAGAAGGAAAAGGACCCGGAGCCUAGCAACGGUAGCAUGCACAAGAGAUCUAGAUAUACCAAUCCUCUCCUAUCUUCUCGGCGCACAGCACGCCCACGAAAAUUAACUGCCAGCGAGAAGUGGAAGAUACUGGAGCCAGGGCCGAGCGUGUGGGACAAGAAGAUGAAAUAUACGCAAAUUGGGAAGCCGAAGAAGAGCUCGUACGACGACAUCUUUAUGAUUUCGCAUAUCAAUCACCACGCUUCCAUCCUACAGCUGCGGGUGCACCGGCGUUAUGUCGAAAGCCUAACCAAUGGUACUAGCGAAUUCACUGACAGUGGCUCUCCCGAGCAGCCUUGGAAUGUUUUGAAGUUACGACGCAGUAAGUGGUACGAUCUGAUGGAUGCCGAGCAGCGGCUAGAACUAUUUAAUGGGAUUUGGAAGGUGUUCCACUAUCUAAUGAGGGAAACCUCUGAUAAACCGUUGAUAAUAUCAGAAGUGAGGGCAGCAUAA